AAAGGGAAAAUAUUUUUAUACUAAUCAUAAAAAGGAGUAAAAGAGUGGCAGAAAUUUGAUUUAAAAUAAUUGGAAUCUCCGCAUUUUUAAUUUAAUUUGGUAGCAGCUCAUAAAUAUGAGCUUUAUUAAGCUUUCAGCACUUACUUCCUUUACUAAUAAUCAUAAAUUUUGUUCACUUGUAUCAACAUUUCAACAUUCUUUGCGUGGCUUAACUUGGGACAAAAAGUCACGCAGCGAUGCCAAAGUCAGCGAUGGUAUUUCGAAAUCUUAUCCAGUUGUAGAUCAUGCCUUUGAUGUAGUUAUUGUUGGUGCUGGUGGUUCGGGGCUGCGUGCUGCAGCCACUUUAGUUGAGUUGGGUUUUAAAACAGCCGUUGUUAGUAAAAUAUUUCCCACACGUUCGCAUACAAUAGCGGCACAGGGUGGCGUAAAUGCAGCUUUGGGUAAUCAAGUGGAGGACGAUUGGCGUUGGCACUUUUAUGAUACAGUCAAAGGUUCAGAUUGGUUGGGCGAUCAAGAUGCUGCACAUUAUAUGACACGCGAAGCACCGCGCGCUAUUUUAGAGCUUGAAAAUGAUGGUUUGCCAUUUUCACGCACCGCAGAUGGUAAGAUCUAUCAACGACCCUUUGGUGGGCAUACCACAAAUUUUGGUAAGGGACGUGCACGACGUGCUUGUGCCUGCGCUGAUCGUAUUGGUCACGCUAUUUUACAUACAUUAUAUGGUAAAUCACUCGCCUACGAUAUUAAAUAUUUUAUUGAAUACUACGUUUUGGAUUUAAUAUUUGACAAUUUUGCUUGUUGUGGCGUUAUCGCUAUUUGUUUGGAGGAUGGCACUUUGCAUCGCUUUCGUGCGCUCAAUACCAUUUUAGCCACAGGCGGCUAUGGGCGUGCAUAUUUUUCCUGCACCUCUGCUCAUACUAAUACUGGUGAUGGUAAUGGCAUGGUGGCACGUCAAGGUCUACCACUACAAGAUAUGGAAUUUGUGCAAUUUCAUCCGACGGGUAUGUACGGUCCUGGAGUACUAGUGACAGAGGGUUGCCGUGGUGAAGGCGGUUAUUUGGUUAAUGCGAAAGGGGAACGUUUCAUGGAAAAAUACGCACCUAAAGCCAGAGAUUUGGCACCGCGUGAUAUGGUUUCACGUUCAAUGACAUUAGAAAUUAUGGAGGGACGCGGUGUGGGACCUGAAGAGGAUCAUAUCUUUCUACAAUUAUUUCAUUUGCCGCGCGAAAAACUUCUCACACGCUUACCGGGCAUAUUGGAGACAGUGAGAAUUUUCACAGGCAUUGAUGCGACCAGACAGCCUAUACCAGUAAUACCAACUGCACAUUACAAUAUGGGUGGCAUACCGACAAAUUAUCGAGGACAGGUGCUAACUAUUGAUAUGGAUGGCUGUGAUCGUACCGUUAUUGGUUUGUACGCGUGUGGUGAGGUUUCAUGUAAUGUGCAUGGUGCUAAUCGUUUGGGUGCCAACUCCUUGCUGGAUCUUUUGAUUUUCGGACGCUCAUGUGCUCUGCAUAUUUUUGAAAACUACUCACCAGGAUGUCCCCCGCCAAAGCUGAAAGAUAAUGCUGGCGAAAUAUCUGUGGAAAAUUUGGAUAAAUUACUGCAUACGAAUGGUAGUAUUACAACGGCCACACUGCGUCUUCAAAUGCAGAAAGUAAUGCAUCAACAUGCAGGCGUUUUUCGUAUAGGUCCCAAUUUACAGGAAGGCGUUGAAAAGUUGAAAAAAGUUUACAAUGAUUUCAAAAAUAUACGCGUAGUGGAUAAGUCGUUAAUUUGGAAUUCCGACUUGAUAGAAACACUAGAGUUGCAAAAUUUACUGGUGAGUUCUAUGUGUACAAUGGUGGCUGCUGAAAAUCGCAAAGAAUCGCGUGGUUCGCAUAUGCGUGAAGACUUUCAAGAGCGCAUCGAUGAAUAUGAUUACAGCCAACCCCUUGAAUGUCAAGAAAAGCGUUCCAUUGAUGAACAUUGGCGCAAGCACACACUUACAUGGAUAUGUGGCGAGAGUGGCGAAGUCAAAAUCAAAUAUCGUCCAGUCAUCGAUACACCUUUAGAUGAUAGUGUCGAGCAUAUACCGCCUGCUGUGCGUCAGUAUUAAUCUAUUUAUUGGUAUUUUGUUGUUAUUUAAUUCUGAUUUCGAAAAAUAUGAAAUAAUAGAUUUUUGGUUUAACAAUUUGAA